GUCAAAAUGGAGUGUGAAUGAGAGAGAAAGAGAGGACGUGUCGUGAAUGAAAGGUGCAUCUUAAGAUGCUGUAUGUAUAAUACUCCAUUGUCUCUAUAUUCUUUAAUCAAUGACAUUUCUAAUUUCGUAUCCAUCUGCACAUUUAUCAAUUCUUUUUCUUCCUUAAUCAUCCCAGAAUCAUUUUCUUGAAUUCAAGUCUCUAACUUUUAAUCUUGUACACAACAUUCAAGAACAAAUCUUUUUGUUAUAAAUCAAAAACCACUUAAAAAUCUUUGAUCAGUUGGAUUCAAGAUUAGACUUUUCCAUCUGGGUAUUAAUCAAGAUUGCUUGUUAUGCAUUUUGGAAUCAAGAUUCUAUUGAUUUGAUAGUAAAUUAGUUGCCUUUUUUGGAUUUCUUGAUAGUAUAGAAAGUAAGAAUUUAAUGGGCUGUUUUUCUUGUUUUGAUUCCAAAAAAGAGGAAAAAUUAAAUCCUCAAAAAGUUGGGGCUGAUCGCCCUGAAGUCCAUCCAUCCGCCCCUUCAAAUAUUUCCAGAUUACCUUCUGGGGUUGAUAGGCUGAAAUCUAGAAAUAAUGUGAGCCUGAGAAGGGAAUCAUCGGGUCCAAAAGAUGGCCCAUAUGGUCAGAUUGCAGCUCAUACGUUCACUUUUCGUGAGCUUGCGGCUGCAACGAGUAAUUUCAGUCCUGAUUGCUUUCUAGGAGAGGGAGGGUUUGGUCAUGUGUAUAGAGGCCUUCUUCCGGGUACUGGUCAGGUUGUAGCUGUGAAACAAUUGGAUAGAAAUGGGCUUCAGGGUAACCGUGAAUUUCUCGUGGAAGUUCUUAUGCUCAGCCUUUUACAUCAUCCCAAUCUAGUGAAUUUGAUUGGUUACUGCGCUGAUGGUGACCAAAGACUUCUUGUUUAUGAAUUCAUGCCAUUGGGUUCAUUAGAGGAUCACCUUCAUGAUCUCCCACCGGAUAGAGAAGCAUUAGAUUGGAACACAAGAAUGAAGAUAGCAGCUGGUGCAGCCAGAGGUUUGGAGUUUCUUCAUGAUAAGGCUAACCCUCCUGUUAUUUACAGGGACUUCAAAUCAUCCAAUAUUUUGCUUGGAGAGGGAUUUCAGCCAAAGCUCUCAGAUUUUGGACUCGCGAAGUUGGGCCCCACUGGUGACAAGUCUCAUGUAUCCACACGAGUCAUGGGGACAUAUGGUUAUUGUGCUCCUGAAUAUGCCAUGACUGGUCAACUCACAGUGAAGUCUGACGUUUACAGUUUUGGCGUGGUGUUUUUAGAGCUUAUUACUGGUAGAAAAGCCAUUGACAGCACUGCACCACAAGGACAGCAGAACUUGGUCACUUGGGCACGUCCCUUGUUCAAUGAUAGAAGGAAGUUUGCAUCAUUGGCGGAUCCAAGGCUAGAAGGCCAUUAUCCUAUGAGGGGACUCUAUCAAGCUCUAGCCGUGGCAUCCAUGUGCAUCCAGGAACAGGCUGCUGCCCGUCCUCUCAUCGGAGAUGUAGUCACUGCAUUAUCUUAUCUUGCAAACCAUGCUUACGACCCUAGUGCAGCCGCUGGUCAAAGCAACCGAUACAACGGUGAAAGAAAUGGAAGAAUUUCAAAGAACGAAGAAGGUGGAGGAUCAGGUCGUAGCAGAUGGGACUUGGAAGGGUCAGAUAAAGGAGAUUCUCCUAGAGAAAUUCCUACUCCAAAGAUUUUGAAUCGGGAUCUGGAUAGAGAACGAGCGGUUGCAGAGGCGAAAAUGUGGGUAGAAAAACGACGGCAAAGUGCACAAGGCAGUUUUGAUGGCAACAAUGGUUAGCCGAUGAGUAUUGGUAAGUUGUGGUACUUUGAUCACUAGAAGGAUGCGAAGGGUCAUCCUGAUUCUAGUUUUCGUUUUUUGUUGUUUUCCCAAAACUCGGAUUUCGAAAAAUCUUUGGAGAAAGAGUGUAUAGUAAAUCUAUGAGGGGAGAAUGGGAAAACUAAUGAUGGUUUAUGGUUAUUAAUUUUUCCUCUCAUACACAAUGAGGCAUUUUAUUGCUUUGUGGC